UAUGUAUAAAUAUCUUCAUUCAGCAGCUUCGACACUAUACCACUACAGGCUAAAUGAACAUAAACUGAAUACAUUAACAUAGGACGUCCCUCACAGGGAAUUGCUAUCACUUAUUCAUAAUGCUCCGCCAGCUCAAAUGGGGUCACAUGCCACUUCGUGUUACCAGAGCAGAACUGUUACACUACGCAACUUGUGAACUUGUCCUCCAUGAUAGGAACUGAGUCUACAGAUAAAAUGCAAACUUUUCAAAGAUGAAAGUCUGACAAUAUCUGCUGCUGAUUCAUACAUCUGAAGUGGUAACCAAAAGAAACAAGAAAUAUCAUGGCUACCGCAGUCCCUGAGUGUGCAGAAGACUUCCUUUACUGCCAGAUAUGCACAGAGCCAUUUAGAAGACCCAAGGCCCUCCCUUGCCUACACACUUUCUGUCAGGGUUGUCUGGAAUCUUAUGCCACGACUCAACAUGCUCAAGAGACGGGCCACUUUCCAUGUCCCGUCUGUAGAAAACCAGCAGUCAUAGGUGUAGCUGGAGUCCAAAGCCUGCCUGACAACUUCAUAAUGAAUAAAGUAGCAGAUAUCCUUAGAAAGCUCUUCUUUACCACAUGUGACAUCUGCAAAGCAGCUAAUAAGACGACCCCGGGAAAAGCAAAGUCUCGCUGUUUUCAGUGUGAUAAAAAAAUGUGUGAGGACUGCAGUAAUACCCAUAUCCAAGUGCCUAUUACUUCUAGCCACUCUCUAGAGCCUCUGUAUGGAGUCAAUGAAAAUAAGUGUACAAUUCAUGAGAAUGAGACCCUGAAAUACUACUGCGUCAGCCAUAGUGUUUGCAUAUGCGUGCCAUGUACCAUGAUUGAGCACAGGUCUUGUGAGAUUAAUGAAAUACAAACAAUCAAAAAUGCAGAAAUAUCAGUGAUCCAAGACCUGUUAAACAAAUGUGAAAAAAAGAUUUCUGAGUUAGAGGUCAUUGAGGAUAAAUCUUCGCUCAAUAUCAGCAGUCUACGCCAACAGAUCAACGACGUGGAGAUGAAGAUGGCGAACCUAAGGCAAGACAUGGAGGGUCUCGAUAACCAACUGAAAGAGGAACAAGCCCAAAAAUGCCAAGCCAUGUUUGCCAUUCAGCACCUUAGCCAACUCAAGUCUUACUCAACCUCCAUCUUGUCUCAAGAAGAUCCAGUAAAAUUACUGGCAGUGGCCAAACAAGUGCAACAACAGCUCACAGACUGCCUGCAACACAGCACACUCUCUGAUCAAACCACACCCAAGAUGGGUACCGUGAGCACACGUUCUAUAUCCUCCAAUGACCUAUACCUUUCUGCCACCAGGGACUCCACAUGUAUUACUGCUUUAAAAUAUGGAGACACUCUGACUGAAUUAAUCAGAAGAUUUACCACUUCAAAACUUGCCAACGAAUCACAAUUUCUAGGAGUAGCAAUGACUUCAUCAGGGGUGAUUGCUCUGUCAGACGCUGCUAAUGAAAUUGUGAAGAUGUUUGACCAGUAUGGGAACAUCUUGGGCACUCAUGACAUCAAGGCAGAGGUGCUGACAUCUACUGAGAACAGCUUUAUUUGCAUCAAUUAUGACUGCAACGUUGGUAAAGAGAGUCAAUUUGUUGUUCUCAAUACACAUGGCAGAGUGAUGAAAGAGACAAAUAUUGCAAUGACCUUCGAACCAUCUGGCAUAACAACGAGUCAAAACAGAGAUAUAUUUGUUGCUUUUGACAACAACACAAUGGUGCAGUACAAUAUGGAAGGGAAGGAACAACAGCAAAUCAUACUCAAAGUUUCUAGAACAGCAAGGAAAGGUUUUCAAAGCUGUGUGCCAUCACUUCUGGUAGAUGACAAUCUUAUCUAUGCCUGUGACACCCAACAGAAUUGUGUCAAUGUAUACAAUAUGGAAGGGUCAUUGAAUAGGUCCAUUGGUAGCUAUGGUAAUGGUGUCAGUGAGCUCUCAUUUCCAGAGAGCAUGUGUUUCCAUGGCAACAAGCUCCUGGUCUGUGACCAUGACAACAACAGGAUAUCAAUGUUCCACAAAGAAGGACAGUUUCUUGGGCAACUUUUACAAGAGGCUGAUGGGAUACAAAAGCCAAAGAAUGUGUGUCUGUUCCCAGAUGACAGGCUACUAGUAGUGCAAAGAAAAAGAGACGCAAUUGAAUUCCUUAUUUUUCAAGUGAACUGGGACUCCUAUCAAGACUAAAUACCAAAAGGAAUAAAUAUUCGCUGCCAUUUAGGUAGUAUAAGUGCCAAAAUCAACUGGAAACUGGUGCUGGACAUCAGUCCUGUAAAUUAUCAUCAUUUCAUCAUUGUAUGAAGUCUAAGGUACCAAUUCUCCUCAUUUUAUAAAAAGUCCACUCAAUAAACCAUCGUUUUCAUUAAAGAGUCAU